AUGUCCAACUCUAAUGCUGGUAUGCUAAAGGAUGUCAUAGGGCGGUCUUGCCCGUGGUGGCUUUCUCGCCUUAUCGCAGAAACAAAGGAGACAGAGAGCUCCCUCAAAAUACUGACGACGUCAGCCCAGAGGCUUCAGCUACGCAGCCAACUCCGCGGGAAUGGCGAGAACCCGGCUCCGUUUUGCCCUCUCUCUAGUGUGCAGUUACGUGCCUCCACGUCAAUCGCGGAAGCUCAGGUGAUUAUGACGCAUGGGAGACGGCUAAGGAUGGUUUCUCGAAACUCUGGCGAUGUAAAGCUGCACGUCGACUUCUCCGACUUUCUCUCGUGUAGCGGGACCUGCCUGACGGACGUUGAAGUAGAAGCGGUGCGCCUUACCGAACUCACGCGGAAGAACUCGUACACCUCUCCAUUUUGGUUAACGCAACCGCAGUUAGAGAGCCACUUUCGAAACGCUCUUGCUGGGCUCUCUACGGGUUGCCUGCCUGCGAACUCGCCCCAUGUCUGCGAGGUGUAUGAAAACCCGAACAUGUUUGUAGAGCUGAGUUGCGGGACGGCGACGACGGCCCGUUACGCCAAUCUCGGCGAGUUUCGAGCACAACCACACGCUGAUCUCUCCUUGAUAGCGUGCUUAUCCUUUUUACGCAUUUUUUCGCCCAUUAACGUGCAAACUCGACGCGCCUUCGACGCGUGUGUGGAGUCGCGUCUGCGGUGGGAGUGUUACCGAAGCGGGUUCUGGUGCAGUAUAUGGGGCACCGUGCAGGACUACGCGAACUGCGGAUUUUCUACCCUUGACGGCGCCAUCGGUGUCGAGGUGUUCGACGCCCUUGGGAAUCCUCUCUUUCUCAUCCGCGCCCUUUGCACUACUGCGCCACUGAACGUUUACUCCAGGUGCUACCCCAACGAUAGUAUUUUCACCGCCUCGGAGACCCUUUGA